UUCAUUAUUUAAUCGGAUACUUUAAUUUUCAACAAUAUUAUACUAUGAACAUAUAAGUAGAAUAAUGAUUUUUCAUUUAAAUCUCCCGCUGCCCGUGUUUAGUAUCCUAGAUUACAUACAGGAACCGCUGUCAUCCUCCUAGUCCCUCUCUCUUUCAGCUAUAUAGAACAGCUGGCCCCUGUACCCAAGGUAGGGGGUAGGUCUGACUCAGUGUUGUUUUGGAGAAGAACGCGCGCACACGCAUCAGUUUGCAAGCCAGCUAGAGACGCUCAAGCGAAGACGCCAUUACUAAUAUUCCCAAUAGGCAUUUUAUUCAUAUAAGCAUACAAAUUUGGAGAACCAGAAGACCAACAAUAUCUAUGGAAGAUUUUACUUGGCUCUAUUCGAAGUAUUCAGAUAAAAAAUCACAGGGCUAUAGUGGAUUUAUGGAAAAUUUUUAUGCAAAUUUGAUUACUCGACGUCGAAAGUUAUUCCAUUGCCGUUUGUCAAUAAUCCACCGAGCGACUACGAUACGAUUUUUACUGUCUUAGUACAAGCAGCUGAACAAAAUAAACAAAACAACAGUGGUGAAAUUUGCUUUGUAACAUUUGAUCAGCCUCUGUAUCAAAAGGCUCGGUAUAUUCUGGCAUGCGUGGACCCAGAACAUGAUCCACAUGGUUUGUCAGUGAUUCGAGUAAGACUUGGCGGUUUUCAUACGUUAAUGUCAUUUCUUGCGACGAUUGGAUUAAUAAUGAACGGAAGUGGACUGAAAGAAGCCUUCUGUAUAAUAUACGCUGAAAAUUCAGCUGAAAAAGCUUUCGUAGGACAUGCCUACUCGAGAGCUAUCAGAGCACAUUUCCUUGUUCAAGUAGCUUUAGCUACGAUAAUAUUUGAAUCACUUCAAUUAACGGAAGAAGAGACGGAAAUGUUUGAUGCAUUAUUGCUAAAUGUGGGCGCAGAAAUUUUCCAAGAAGACAUGCAACAACAGAAAUUUACAAUAAUAAGAGAUAGAUUUAUGAAACAAAUUGAAGAAUUUCAAAAAAGAGGACCGACCGCACAACUUUGGAUUCAAUACUGGGAUAUGUUGGCAAUAGUGAAAAACUUUAUCAAAGCAGAACGUUCGGGCAACUGGGAUCUACAUUUGAAAUGCAUAGAACAAAUGAUUCCAUACUUUCAUGCGAGCGGACAUAAUAAUUAUGCGAAAUCAGCUCAUUUAUAUCUGCAAGAUAUGUUAACCUUGAAAGACGUGAUGGAUGAGCAUCAGUUUGAACUUUUUACGACAAAAGGCUAUUUCACGAUUAGACGCUCUGACAAGUUUUGGUGUGGAGUUUGGUCAGAUAUGACUAUUGAACAAGUCUUAAUGCGAUCGAUGAAGACUCAGGGUGGACUGACACACGGACGUGGAAUGGCCGAAAGUGUUUUAACUAAAUUCGUAUUAACUAUGAUCAUUCUAGUUGAAGUUUGUAACGAAAUGGAAAAUUUUUGCAAUGUUUCUUAUUCCACGUCUGAACAACAUGUUGAUUCCAAAGUAUCUAGGAUUACUAGAGAUGUUGCAGAUCUUCAAAAAUUACUCGAAUUCUUCAGUAGAUAUAAUCCGUUCCCAGAGACUACAAAUAUUAUGUCAAUAUUUUCUGGAAUUGUUGGCAAUGAUUCGAUUAACUGUCACAAAGCAUAUGAAAUAGGUAUGAAAUCUAUUAAAUCAAUAAUAGAUAAGGAUUUUGAAAGUGUUAAAUUUACACGUAAAAACAAAGGUUUAUCCCUUCAAACGGUUCAAUCGUCAGUCAAAGUAAAUAAAGAGACUAUUCCAAUAGAUCCAUUAUUAUUGUUUCAACGUUUAUGUGUAAAUAUUGAUAGUAAAAGUGAUAUGGAGAAAUAUGUAAAAUUCGAACUUGCUCCGUUCCCGCUAUCACUUUUUACAGAAAAUGGCUUUAGGAAAAACGUCAAAUCACAAAUGUUUGAUUUCUUUACACGCAUUGAAGCAUUACCGAGUAGUACAAAUGUUGUGUAUGUUAUUGACGGUGGAUUUUUGUUGCACAAAGUAGUUUGGCAAAAAAAUGAUACGUUUGAAGCGAUUAUCGGCAAAUAUUUAACUUUUGUACGCAGACAUUAUACAAAUAAUAGUUAUAUAAUAUUUGAUGGUUAUCCAAACCAUGAGAUCGAUAAUGAAAAUACAUCGUCAACAAAAACAGCUGAACGGUUAAGGCGAAAAAGUUCUUCAAGUACACCUUUCUUUCAGUUUGAACAACACACAAAAAUAACGUUUUCGCAAGACAAGUUUUUGUCAAAUGAUAAGAACAAAAAUGAAUUAAUUAAAGAAUUAUCGAAAUCAUUCAGAUUCGAAGGAUUUAGAACUAAGCAGGCAAAGGAAGAUGCAGAUUCUUUAAUUAUUCAUACAGCAAUAGAAAUUGUUGAAUAAAGUAAAGCUAUAAAUAUAGCAACAGGAGUUGUCGAAUAUACAAACAAGGUUGUUGUUGUUGGUCAAGACAUUGAUCUUUUGGUCAUCAUGAAUCAAUUACAUUUUACAGGUGGAGAAAUGUACUUUUUAAAGCCGGGUUCAGGCAAUGUAAGUGAUUCUAUCUAUUCAUCGAACAGUUUUAUCCAUAAAGAUUACCGUUCUAUCAUUUUUACAUUGUUUUUCUGGCUGCGAUACAACAUCUGCUUUUGCUGGAAAAGGUAAAAAAACAACAUUAAAUUCACUUAUCGCAACUCCACAGUUAAUAGAAUUAGUAAAGCCUUUUUAUGAGACUGACGCAGAUGCAACAGUUAUUGCUCGGAAUGGCUGCAAGUUAAUAACAUCGAUAUACAAAGGUAAACAAGAAUUAUCUCUCAAUAAAUUAAGAUUUCAACAAUAUAUCAAAUCAACUGCAAAGUCAACAUUCAAACUGGAUAAAUUACCACCCACUGUUGGUGCGGCUACACAACACUCUUAUAGAGUUUUCUACCAGCUUCAAGCGUGGCUCGGAAACGAAAUAACAGCAACAAAGUGGGGCUGGAAAGAAAUUAUUGUCAAUAAUUCGAAAAUAAUGCCACGUUUUACUGAAGAUUCUCUCAUACCUGAAGAAUUAUUAAAAAUAAUUUCUUGUAGCUGCGAAACCGGUUGUGAAGGUAAUAGAUGUGAUUGUCGAAAGCACGGGUUUCGAUGUACUGACUUAUGUACAAAAUGUCGUGGUUCAGACAAUUGUUUAAAUGUUGAAAAAAUUUCUGAAUAUUUCGAUGAAUCAGAAGAUAAUUGUGCUGAAAUAGAGCAGCCAGGCCUUUGCUUAGCUACAGAAAAUCAAUUAUCGGAGGAAUCUACAGGUUAUCCGAGCGAUAUCGAAGAACAAGAGUAUAAUGAAAUUACAAACAGGAGCGAAAUUGAAAACAGAGAUGACGAAAUUGCGUAUGUUACAAAAAAACCUCGAUUAAUGUAGUUUCAUUUAUUUAGUAAUU